AUGUCCGCCAAAGAUUACUUCGGCACCGUCUACUAUAUGCACAACAUACCUGUCCACUCCUCCCAGAUCCUCGACAUCUCAAUUCCGUGGUCCAACCUCGUCUCAUUCGACCUUGGAUGCAUCGCGUUAGCGUCCGAUGUCACGUUGGUUGUUAUGCACCGCGCAGCAACGAACCUGCAUGAAGCGGCCUUCCGUGUCGACUUCGGCGCCUCCGCGCACCGAUCGCUAAUGGACCCGCCGCCGGUCAGGAUGAAGGCGCUGAGGGAGCUUAGGGUCAUUCUUGAAGGCAACGGCCUCACCGAUGCAGGCUUCUUCGGCCGUGUCUCCGUUCCUUGUCUCAGGGAUCUUCGUGUUGAUAUGACGAGCCCGAAUACCGAUGGAUGGAACCUCCAUUUCUUCCGCCCGCUCUUCGCCUCUUGUUCCAAGAAACUGGAAGUGCUCGAGCUCAUCAACGCUCCAGGACCUACCACCACUCACUCUUCUCUCGCCAACCGACAACGACGUCAAGUCACCCAUCUCGAGCUCGAGGCGCUCUUAGAGUCCACCCCGAACCUCCACACUCUCCGUCUCCCUCGCGGUAUCUUCACCCACAAUGCUACACUCCGCAAGCUCGAGAUCGCCGAUCUCCUGCCUUCGCUCAGAGCUCUCGAAGUGACGCCCAGCAGCUUUGCGAACGCCGAAGAUAUCCUCUGUAUGCUCGCGACGAGGAUGGAGGUUGUUGAGGCGGCGAGACGCGGUAUCGGAACAUCAAACACCAACGGUGAGGAGGAGGAGGAGGAGGAAAGGCAUGUUGAGCCGAUUACUGACGUCGUGCUUCACUCGCCGCUUGCUGAGAGGAGCGCCUUCCUGAAGGAUGUCGUCCCGAGGUACCUUCCUCGCCUCAGAGGCGUCCGGAUUCGGGUCGAAGCUUGGUAG